AUGGCACACGAGCAAGUUUGGCACGAAGUCCAGAACGGGGAAUCAUAUUGUGUCGUCAGUGGGCAGAGAGUACAUCGACGAACGUAUGGAAGUCAUGGAAGUUCUGCGGGUGGCCAAGCACCGUGUCUCUGUUACCCUUGCAAUAUUGGACAACGCCCCCCGUUGGUAAGGGCAGACUCUUAUUCACCUGGCUCAGGUCACAGUGAGAUAUAUCAGCAGUACACAUCUGGUAUCCCUCCAGUCAGAUUUGGUGACCAAGUUAGUGAAGGAAGCGAUCUAGCUGAGAGCGUAGUCAUACAUGAUCCUUAUAGGGAAGCUUUGAAUGCAGCUAGACCUAGCAAACCGCCUAAAGAACCCCCCAGUGGAAGCAAAAUGACUCAGUUGAAUGCAGAGUACAAAGCUGUAGGAGAACGUGCAAAGCGAGCCGCGGCAGCAAAAGUUGCCAAGCCAUAUAUCAAAAAGGAUAAGGUGUUGGAGAUGGGCCAGAAGCAUCCACGUAAAUAUCUUGGAAUCCCUGCAGCAACUGGAGAAUGGCACCACAUACUAGCUGGGUACGCCAAAGAGGCACAGGAAUUAUUUAAAUUGGAGAAGCAAAAGCGAAUAGAGAUGGGAGAAACUUUCGUUGGUUAUGAUACUAAACUUAGCGGCAAUGGCCACAGAAAACGCAUAGAGAGAGUCGGCGAGAAAGCAAAAGAGUUCGCCAGGAAGCACGAAAGGCAUUUAGAUCCGCAGGGCAAACCCGAACCCGAACUACAGCCAGGGCCUUCUAAUGGAAAAGGUAGCUCAUCGCAAGCGGCUCCCCUGGGACAGUCAUCGGGUAUAGGAUUUACGGAUACCGGUAGUUCCGACAAGGGCAAAACAUCAAAUUGCCGCUAUUAA